UUCAUUAUAAUUUUAAUGUUUCGUAUUAAUGUGUUUGUUUGAAUUUAAACUAAAUUUAUUUUUGCCAAUGUUUUGAACUUUGAACAUUUAUUCAUAAUAAAUAGUACUGAAUUAUCUAUAUAACUACUCUUACUGAAAAUAUGUAUGCCUACGAAAUUGAUUUCUGAAAAUACUCAAGCACAUAUUGCAACCGCGUGGUAAUAAAUAAAAGAGAAGAUAGCUGUAACCACUUUCAUUUUAAAUGCUCUCGAAAUACUUGAGCGUUUAUUUUUAAUGUUUUAACUGAAAAUGGGAGAAUGCGAAGAAAGUUUUCCUCGAGGAGGUACAAGACCACGCGUUUCUGCAACAAAACGAAAACAAGAUGAUAAUUUGUUUUCAGCUGUGGUUAAACCAAAGCGUAAGAAACCAAGGAAAGAAAAGAGAAUACCUAAAAAAGUUAUAACUGAAGAUUCAUUUCAUUCAUCUUUAAAAAUACGAGGAACUUUGACUUAUAAUAGUAUAAGAACUGAUAUGAUAAUUUUGGGCUGUAUAAGACACAUAACAAACUUUUCAUUAGAAAUUGAAUUACCAGGAUUAACUUUCGGUUAUGUUAAUAUAACAAGAAUUUCGGAUCCUUUCACUAAAUAUUUGCAUUCAAAAAUGGAAGAUGAUGACGAAGAUACUGUCACAUUAUUGACAAGGAUGUUCAAAGUAGGACAACAUGUUCUUACUAAAGUAACAAAUAUAGGUACCAAUCAGAAAGGAGUACAUGUUGAAUGCACAAUAAAUCCUAGAGAGAUUUAUAACGACAAAAAUCAUACUUCAUUCGUAAAAAGCUAUUUAGUUUGGGCCUCUGUUAUGUCCAAACAUGAACAUGGUUAUGAAAUGAACAUUGGAGUAAAUAAUUGUAGAGUGUUUCUACAUACGAAGAAUGUUGACAAAGACAGACAUUUAUUUAUUGGAGAACCAAUUUGGUGCACAGUACUCAAAUGUGACAGUUCUAAUGAAGCCAGUAAUUUAAGAGUUAGCAGCAAAAUUGAACAUAUCAAGAAUACCAAAACUGAGGAUGUACAAAGUUUGCAUGACAUUAUUCCAGGGAUGAAAGUAGAAAUUUUAAUAGAAGAGGUUACAAACAAUGGUGUCCAAGGAAAGUUUUUGAACAACUUUUUUGGACAUAUUGAUGAAGGACAUCUGAAUAAAAAUAUAUUUAAAUACCAAGAAGGGAAUCUAAUAACAGCAAAUGUUUUGUACAUUGAUCACACCAUUAAAGUUACAUAUUUAACUACUUAUGAUUUGGAUUUAGUUCCGGAACCAGAAUAUAAGAUUGGAGAGAUUAAAAUGGCGGAGGUUACUUCUAAAUCACAUAAUGGUGUAUACCUCACAUUACCAUCUAAAGAAAGAUGCUUUGUUACCAAUAAACGAUUAAUACAUUCUCUACCAAAACAACAUCAAAAUAUCAAUAUAUCAGAUUCCGUACGAUUGAAAUUUGCCCUUGGUACUAAUCGUCAAUGUCGCAUUUUGGAUUACAAUCGCCUAACUAGAACUUAUAUAGGAACUCUGGAACAAUCCUUGAUAAAAGAAAAAUUAUUUACAACGUCUGAUGUCACAAUAGGUCAAUUGUUAGAUGUCACAAUCAGAACUAUUAAACCAGAAGGAUUGGUUGUGACUUCUGGACAUAUCAGGGGCUUCGUACCAAAUUUAUUUUUGUCAAAUAUCAAAUACAGUGAAGUAAUCAAGAAAAAAUUUAAAGAAGGUCUCAAAAUUAAAGCUCGAGUAUUAUCAAUUAACUCUGGUAAUAUCAUUUUGACAUUAAAAUCGGGACAGGUUGACUCUGAUCAGUGUCUAACGGAUUUAUCAAAAGCGAAACGUGGUGACCGAUAUCCUGGUGUAAUUGUCCAUACAAAACCCGAAGGAGCCGUUGUGAUAUUUUAUGGAAAUGUUAAGGGAUGGCUCGAUAAAAAGUAUUUGGAUGAACAGGACGACGACAAAAAACCAGAUCCUCAAUUAUUUUUCUACGUAGGACAAGUGGUAAAUCCAUGGAUACUUGGUGUUCAAAAGAAUCAAGUUAUCUUGUCACUCAGGCAACCAAAAAAUUUUGAAACGUUCGGAACUUUAGCCAUAGGACAAAGAAUUAAAGGUGUUGUCGGGGCUGUUCGUAAGGAUAAGAUUUUGGUAAAAACUUUAAAAGGAAGAUCUUUGGGCGUGGUGCCUGUGAACCACCUAAGUGAAACUUUAGAUUUGUGCUCUACUUUUAUGAAAAUGUAUAAAGUUGGAGAUGAAAUCAGUGACUUGAUAUGUAUAAACAAUAGUGAUAAAUCAAUUUUGUUAUCAAGAAGAGAAGCUACAGCUUUAAAACGAACACCUUCGUUUAAAAUAAGAAAAAUUGGUGCACUAAAAGUGGGAAAUCUAGUAAGAUGUUCCUAUAUAUCAAACUGUGAUUUAGGAAUAUAUGUUUUACCUUUGAUUGCAGAUUAUACUGAUCAAAUUUUAAUCAGGAAUAAGGAUAUCGUAGAGAAAGACAUCGCUAUUCCAAAAUUUGAACCAUACCAAUGCAUAGUAACAAAAGUAUUAGAAAUACAACAUGAAACAAAGACAAUUAGGUUAUCUGCAAAAUUGUCUCACGUGUUUGAUAACAGGGUCGAAAGCGUUUUGAAUUUAUUCAGUCAAUCUCUGGUUGAUAUUCAAAUACUAAGGAAUUUUGGUAAAGAAAACGAUUGGGACAUUUGUCAAUAUCAACCGGGCGAAAGGAUAGAUUGUCUUGUUGAACUAGUGGGCGAGCAAGGUGGAUGUCGUGUGAAAUUACCAAACGGAGGUGUUGGAUUAGUACCCGUUAAAUUAUGUCCAGCUAAUAUUAAACGAGGUGAUUCAGUAAAUGGAGUAUUUUUGUCACAAAAUUUCGUUAAAAAUUAUGCUGAGAUUUGCCUCAAAGACCAUAUAUCUCAAAGGAUUAAUAAAUCUCAAGAUGGUAAAAUUAUGUGUUCGAAUUUGUCUUCUCGUAUGGCCAAAGUUGUUUUAACCGAUUCCCUUUGUUCGAUAUGUGUAUUGAAACAAAAAGACGGUAAUAGGCAAUUGAUAUACACUCCCAUGAGAUCCCAUGAAAAUGAUUUUAAAGGAUGGGGACACAUUUAUCAAAACGUAAAAUUCAAAAUAUGUAUUUGUGGGAAAACUGGUAACAAUCUAAUUGGUAUGAAUAAACAGUUGUUCUUGAAGCUGGAUAAAAAUAAAGCAACUAUAUCCAAAAUCCAAGCUUUAAGAACAGAAAAAGUGAAGAAGAAUGACAAAAAGAAAAAAUUGUCCAUACAAGAAAGCAUUGAAAUGGUAGAAAAUCAUAUUACUGAGGAAACUGAUGAGAAUAAUGAUGAUGAUGAAAGUGUCGAGGAAGAAAAUUUAGAAGAAAGUAUUUCGGAGACUGAAACUGAAGACGAUUCUCAAAGGGAUAUGGAAAUGGAUGAACAAGAAAAUAUAGAAGAGAAUAUUUCAGGAACUGAAAUUGAAGAUGAAUCCCAAAUGGAUAACAGCGACAUCGAAAUGGAUGAACCAGAUAUUGUCGAGAAAACUUCAAAUUCAAAAGCUUUGAUAUCAGGAGUCAAUUCAUUUUUCCAAACGAAUGGAGAUGUAAAACGAGAAGAUUCAUCUUCAGACGAAGAAGAUCAGGAUAUUAAUGUUAAAAAGAAAAAGAAAUUGACAGCCGUAGAACGAGCUCAGGCGGCGAGAGAAGAAGAGGAAAGAAUUUUGAAAAUCGAGAAACAAUUAGCAGAUACUACAAGGGCGCCGGAAAGUGCAGAAGAAUUUGAUAGGUUAUUACUAGCUAAUCCUAACUCAUCUCAACUUUGGACUAAAUAUAUAGCUUUCCAUACAGCAGCAACAGAAUUUGAUAAAGCUCGAGCUGUAGCUAAAAGGGCACUAGAAGCGAUAAAUAUCGCUCUAGUAGACGAGAGAUUCAACAUAUGGAUAGCCCUACUCAACUUGGAAAAUAUGCUGGGAACAAAGGAAUCGUUUGAUCAAACAUUCGACGAAGCUGUUAAAUAUAAUGAUUCCCUUCAAAUUUACUUGAAAACCAUACAAAUAUUGGCGGAAAAUGGUAAAAUUGCUGAUAUGGAAGAAAAAAUUCGAAAAGCUAGGAACAAAUACAAACAUGUCCCCCAAAUGUGGUUGGAAAUAGCUAAAACUUACUAUCAAAUUGGAAAUUUUAAAGAAGCUAGAAAUUUCAAAGACGCCGCUUUGAAAUCGAUUCAAAACAAAAAGACUCAGCUGGAGAUAAUUGUAAAAUUCGCAAUCAUGGAGUUUAAAUACGGAGAUGAAGAUCAUGGAGCAGCUAUAUUUGAAACUAUACUCAGUACUGAUCCAAAAAAAGUUACUAUUUGGACCACAUAUGUUGAUCAACUAGUUAAAAAGGGGAACAUUAGUGAAGCUAGACAAGUUUUGGAGAGAUCCGUCUCGCAGCGAUUGCCUCUAAAGCAGAUGAAGUCCCUAUUUUUGAAAUAUAGGAUAUUUGAAGAACAGCAUGGAACACCGGCGAAAGUAGAAGAAGUUAAAGAGAAAGCUAAAGAAUACGUAUCUAAAAUAAGUGUAAAUUAAAACUGUUUUUAAUUUGUUUUUUAGAGAAAUAUAUUUUCUUAAGACCA